AUGGCGGCCGCGGUGGCCGCGGACGGCGACCCUGCGGCGGGAGACCGCAUCGAAUUUGCCGUCCUCGUGCGAGGUCGCGGCUCGACCGCCGAAUGGCUGGCCGACUUACUUCGCGCCCAGGAGCUUACCGUGGAGUGCACGGCCGUGCGCCGAGAGACUCACCAUCUACUGCUCAUCCGACUGCCCCCGCACACUGCACCGCAGGCUGCCGAACAGGUAGGGUUGUUCAAGAUGCACAAGGACGGCUACGAAAAACCCUUUCGCCGCUCCAACUGGCGCGAUUUCAGCCACAGCGAAGAGCCCGACCCGGCGUCCCUGUUCUCACUCGCCGAACGCCAGGAGAUCGUUCAGCACCUUUUGUACAGCAUCCGGGCCACCCAGCUCACCGAGGUGGUCGGCGUUCAGCCGCGCCGCAUCCCCAUCUAUCCUGGACAAUCCAUUUUCGCCGUCUGCCAGCGGGCGCGCAUCAUCAAGGCCCAGUUCCCGCCCCACGACUACGCCAACCUCUACGCCAUCCGCAGCGUCUGGCUGUCCCACCUCACCAUACCGGUCCACAUGAUCCGCGCCUACUUCGGCCUCCGCAUUGCCUUCUACUACGCGUUCCUGUCCUUCUACACCUGGUCCCUGAUGGUUCCGAUGGUCAUGGGUGUGCUGGUUCAUCAGCACCGGGACUCGCUGCGCUGGAGGGUGGCCGGAGUACUGUUCAACCUUUUUUGGAACACCAUCAUCCUGGAGGUGUGGAAGCGGCGUGCCGAAAACCUCUGCUGCGUCUGGGGACUGCACGAGACGCCGCCGACCCGAAACCGACUCCUGUACUUGGUGGAGGAACACUCCGCCUUGCAGAAGAUCUUCAGGGUGAUGGUGUCCCACGUUGUGGUCGGGCUCUGUUUGUCACUCUGCGUGCUCCAGCAGUACGAGUACUUCUGCCUCGAGAGUUACGUGGCCAUAGAGUUCCCGUCGCCUGCGUGGGGGAAUAAGCUGGUGCGAGUACUUCCCGGUGUGCUAAACACUCUGGUGGCCAUGGCGUUUAGCGACGUGUACCGCGCGCUGUCUCAAAGGCUGACCGAAUGGGAAAACCAUCAGACGCAAGGCGAAUACCUCCGCCACCUGACAGGAAAGCUGAUAGUGUUCGACUUCUUCGGUCGGUUUGGCACUCUCUUCUACACGGCGUUCUACCUUCAGAACGUCCGACUGCUUCGGAAGCAAGUCUACAUCCAGCUCGUCCUAGCCUUCACCAAGGACAACCUGGUGGAGGUAGCCAUGCCCAGGGCCGUGCGCGAGAUCUCCGCCCUUAUCCGAAACAUAAUCCGCCGAGACUCCAGCUACCUGCCAGGCGUCCACAGCAUCCUCAGCGAGGCUGAGAUGACAGCCUACACCAGCACCUACAUGGACUACUACAAAAUGUUCAGCCAGUUCGCGUUCGUCUUCCUGUUCGGUCCCAUAGUGCCGCUGGCGCCCCUGGUGGCCUUCUUUGGCAACCUGCUCGAGAUGCUGGUCGUUGGCUACAAGCUCAUCGUUGUCUUCCAGAGGCCUCUGAAGGUCGGCUUCGAUGGCAUCGGCAUCUGGGAACCCGCGUUCAGGGCUAUCGGGUUCCUCGCCGUGCCGUCCAAUAUCGCGUUGCUGUGCGUCGAGAACCCGGACCCCCUGAGUACGUUGUCGAGGCUUUUCACCGACACCGAGUUUGUGCUGUUCCUGGUCAGCCUCGAGCAUAUCAUCCUGUUCCUCAAGCUCGUGCUUCAGUACACGCUCCGCUCCCAGACCGUCUGUCCCCACGCGUAUUUGCGACCAGUUCUCUAAAUCGGCCUCCAAUGAUUGUCUUUCAAUAUUAUAUACGCAGUGUCUUAACUUUCUUUAUUGUGAAGGAUGAAAUCGAAAAUGAAUAUUUCCCUGCUUUGCAUGUGCGUCAUGCCACAGCCCCCAGUGAUUUCUUACUCACACCCGGGGGGGUGCAUUGUUUGUUUAGAAAAAAACCUAAAAAAAAUCUUCCGCUAAAAGAACAAUAAAUAAAGUACGUAAUGUUUAUUUUGCGUGAAA